AUGCCCAGCGUUGUGCUCCCCCUCGUUCAAACACCCCCCUUCUCUAUCAUCGCCCUCGCCUACCUCCAGGGCAUUCCCGUCUCUUGGGAUACCACUUCUGGCGAGACUGGCCAAGCUUCUUACGGCGAGGUCAAGGGCGCCGAAGCUGUCCGUGCCGAGCUUGAAAAGGGCGUUGACGGCAAGGAGAUUCCCCUUCCUCCUUUGCCUACUCUUUUGAGCUCCACCAGUACUUUCCAGGAUGUCACCGCCGUCCUCGAUGCGCUCGAUGACUACCUUGCCUACAGGACCUACUUUGCCGGCCCCAAGUUUGGUUUCGGCGACGCCACCAUCUGGGGAACCAUCCGAGGUAACAACUCUGCCAUCGGCUCCAUCAAGAAGCCCGGACGCCCUCACCUCCAGCGAUGGUUCACCCACGUCGAGACCCUCGACGUUCCUCAGCAAUCUUUGAAGACUUUCAGUCAGGCGAAGAGUGAGCAGGAGAAGGGCAAGAAGACCAAGAGGUUGGAGAGUGUCGAUGUCGUUUUGCCCAAUGCCGUCAAGGGGAAGGUUGUGGUUCGAUUCGCUCCGGAGCCCUCUGGUUAUCUGCACAUUGGUCACUUGAAGGCUGCUAUCCUUAACCGAUACCUCGCCGACCAGUACCAGGGCAAGUUCAUCCUUCGUUUCGACGACACCAAUCCCCUCAAGGAGGAGGGUGAAUUUGAGGAGGCUAUCCAAGAAGACCUCAAGAUGAUCGAAAUCUCCUUCGACAAGAUCGUCCACACCUCCGACCACUUUGACAAGAUCCGCGAGUACACCAUCCAGCUCAUCAAGCAGGGCGACGCAUUUAUGGACGACACCGACGGCGAGACUGUCAAGGAACAGCGACGUGCCGAGAUUCCUUCCAAAAACCGAGACCUCAGCAUUGAGGAGAACUUGAAGAGGUUUGCCGACAUGUGUGAGGGUACGGAAGAGGGCAAGAGGUGGAGUUUGAGGGCCAAGAUUGAUUACCAGCACAAGAAUGGUACUCUGCGAGACCCUGUCAUCUACCGAUAUGUCGAUGCCGACCACCACGUCGUUGGCAAAAAGUACAAGGCCUACCCCAUGUACGACCUCGCCUGUCCCGUCAUCGACCACCUCGACGGUGUCACUCACGCCCUCCGUGCCAACGAGUACUGGGCUCGACACGAGCAAUACCAGUGGUUCCUCAAGGCCCUCAAGUUCCCCAACAUCGAGAUCUUUGACUUUUCCCGAGUCGACUUUGUCAACACCGUUUUGUCGAAGAGAAAGCUCAAGUACUUGGUUGACAAGGGUGUUGUGAACGGCUGGGAUGACCCCCGAUUCCCUACCGUCCGAGGUAUCCGAUCUCGUGGUAUGUCCGUCCAGGGCCUCAAGAACUACAUCCUCUCCCAAGGCGCGUCUCAGCAAGCCGUCCAGCUCGAAUGGGACGGUAUCUGGACGACCAACAAGAAGGUCAUCGACCCCAUCGCCCCUCGAUACUGGGCCAUCGCCGAGGACAAGAUCGUCCCUGCUACUAUCAAGGGUCGAGAGAGCGAAGCGGUUGAAGUUGUCAAGAAGCCUUUGCACAAGAAGAACCCUGAGGUGGGAGAGAAGGAGAUGGUGUUCUCGAGUGAGGUGCUGUUGGAGCAGGAGGAUGCAAAGACCUUUGGUGACAACGAGGAGAUCACCGCUAUGGACUGGGGGAAUGCCUUUGUCUCCAAGAAGAACCUUGCCUCAUCUGGCGACGUUGCUUCCCUCGAGCUCAACCUCCAUCUCGCUGGUGACUUCAAGAAGACUUCCAAGAAGGUCACCUGGCUCGCCGCUCCCACCGCCGAAAAGCCCCUCAUCCCCGUCGUCCUCAUCGACUACGACUACCUCAUCACCAAGAAGAAGCUUGAAGAGGACGACGACCUCAAUGAGAUUAUCAACCCCAAGACCGAGUACCGCACUCGGGCGCUCGCUUCCCGUGAAGUUGAGGGAUUGAAGAAGUGGGAUAUCAUCCAGUUUGAGAGGAAGGGAUUCUACAUCUGCCAGGGUACCAAGGAUGCGGAGGGGAGGAUGGAGUUUGGGUUCAUCCCUGAUGGAAGGGCGGCGACUGUGGCUCUGAAGGCGACGCCGGCGGUGGAGAAGCCCAAGGUUGCUGGGGCUGCGAAGGGAUCUUGGGGUAAGCCUGGGAUCAAGGCGAAGGCUGAGGAGGCUGUCGCUGCUGCUAAGCAGUAA